AAAUUAACCAUCUUGGUUAAAGCUAGCCGGCUAGCUGCUAACUCAGACUGACGCCAUUAGUUAGGGGAAAGAAGGCGUAAGAAUCAAGAAGAACGAUCCGGUUCCGAUUUUAGACCCAUUCUCCUUUCAGCUACGGACUGAUACCGUUAAAAGUUCGGGUUGUGUGAGCUGUCAGGGAGCUGUUCUGAUGAUUUUAGCCUCUUUUUUAAAGUCGGAAGUCGGUGCACGGUUCUGACGGAGUUGGCAUUGUUAGCAGCUCGGAAACAAACGUCUGUUUUUCUGGAGGAAAACUCGAGGAUUUUGUUUUUUUUGGGGGGGGAAUAAAGUGACACCAUGGCAACAGCGGGGGCGGCCGGAACCAGCGGCAGAACCUACUCCUUUAAAGUGGUCCUACUGGGGGAAGGCUGCGUGGGGAAGACGUCGCUAGUGCUGAGAUACUGCGAGAACAAAUUCAACGACAAACACAUCACAACCUUGCAGGCGUCCUUCCUCACAAAGAAGCUCAACAUCACAGGGAAGCGGGUCAACCUGGCCAUUUGGGACACGGCGGGUCAGGAGCGUUUCCACGCGUUGGGUCCAAUCUACUACAGAGACUCCAACGGAGCCAUUCUAGUCUACGACAUCACAGACGAAGACUCCUUCGAGAAGGUGAAGAACUGGGUGAAAGAGCUGAGAAAAAUGUUGGGAAACGAGAUUUGUUUAUGUAUAGUAGGUAAUAAAAUAGAUUUGGACAAAGACAGACACGUCUCAGUGGAAGACGCUGAGAGCUAUGCAGAGUCGGUGGGAGCCAAACACUACCACACAUCAGCCAAGCUAAAUAAAGGCAUAGAGGAGCUGUUCCUGGAUCUGUGUAAACGCAUGAUGGAGACAGCUCAGGCGGAGGAGAGAGCAAAGGGCAACGGAGCCAGCCAAUCAGCAUCGAACAGGCGGGGCGUACAGAUAGUCGACGACGAGCCGCAGGCCACGCCCGCCGGAGGAUGCUGCUCCUCUGGCUAACACACACACACACACACACACACACACACACACUGCCUGCAGACAUGAAACCAACACAUACAUUUAUCCGUCUGCCAUCCAGUUCGUCCGCUUGAAAAUAAACUUCGCCUCUGCUGCUGAGGAUCAUGGGAAAUCAUAUUUAAGUUCUUGGUCUGUGUUCGCUCCAGAAUAAAAUUUAUCCGAGUGUGCUUCUGUCGCACGUUGAUCUCUGUAACCCGUCUCUCUGUGUGACAUUAAACAUGGCGGCUCCUGGUUUCUUUCUUUGUGUUUGGGAGUGAAGCUGCUGUGUCUUUAUUAACCUUCGGUGGCGCGACGGCUCCACCUGCUGGACGGAGGUGGCAGAGUUUUCUUUUAAUCGGUUUGUUGGCAGGAAAACCUCAAACGCAUUCACAGUUGAAGCGUCUCUGAAACAAGGAGCUACUGAGCAUGCUCAGAAAAACUGCAGAAAUAAAGCAGCUGGGUUUCUUCACAGAACGAGAAAGAAAAAGCUCUGAACUUGCCCUGUAAUCAAACUAAAAACAGCCAGUAAAAACGUUUCUAAGGGCUCCAGUUAGAGCUGCACUCAUCUAAAUAACUCCAUGUUUAAUCAGGAAGUGAACUGGAAACUUAACGCCAGGAUUUAUCGUUUAUUAAAUUUCAUACACUGUAAAAAACUGAUUUCUGAUCACAUGUUGCUCCUCUGAUUUGUAACUUUAAAAGACGUGACAGAAAAUCAAACAUAGAUGGAAAUAAUGAUCAGUUGUCAGAUAUUUUAAUGAUUGAUAAAAGAUGUAAAGAAAAAAGUAGUCUAUCUCCAGCUACACAUGUUUGCAUUGGUGUUUUAUGUCUGAUUUAUUUUGUGUAACUAAAGGUUUACGAAAUAAAACCCUAAAAUGUUUAUUUCUGUCAAAAUCAAAAUCAGAGCUUCAGCUUUUAUGUUCAGAUUCUGCCCUAAAAUUACAUCUUAUUUCUCCAAGAUUCAAAAAUAUUUUCCACAUUUAAACAGAAAAAUGAACAACAACGUGUUGUUGAUGUGCCAUUAUUAUUAUUAUUAUUAUUACUGAUUAUCGGAGGAAUCUUCUUCGCUUGGCUCUGCUCCUCUUCAUCACUUUGGAUUUUCCUUUUCUCCCUGAACAGAGAAGUUAAACUGUGCAUGUUUGAUUCCUAUAAAUGGCUUUGUUUGUCUCACUUUUAAACAAAAUAAAAUAAGUUAUUUUACAGU